CCUGCAUGCAUUUCUGUGCCUUCACCGCUCAAAGAGGGGCCAAGAGAUCAACAGCCUUCAUUAACACGAGCUUAUGCGGUGAGAAUAUCUGCAUGAGCGACUGAUUGCCAAUUGAGUUUCAGCCAGCCUCAAAAUGCUGAGACUUUGGUGAUCAGGAACAUAUGCAGUUCAUGUCACAUAACUCGGAGUAUUACCUCCGGAGAUUGGCAACUCAAUGCUUAAUUUCUUAGCACUCAGGUGUCCCCGAACACAAGAGCCAUAGCAUUUCCCACCGACGUUGGCGCUCAUCUCGCGAGUCUAUUGAGGCUUAUCAAGUCUAACUGUUUAGUAGAGUCAGUUACACCUCUCGUCAAGGAAAAUGCCUGGACUUCAGACACUUGACAAGUUUCACCCUCCUGCUUUCUUGAAGGACUUCGAAGAUGAUCAGCUUGACAGAUGGUCCAAGACCGUCGAUGGCUGGUUCAGUGACGAGAUAGCAGGCAGACAGCCUGGAAGAACAAUUCUUACCCAGUUCUUCAACCCCACUCAAUUCGCCUAUGAUCCGUCCUUACCCUCUGUGCCCAUCACCUGGGUUGGCUUCCCACUGAAUGUCAGAAUCAGACAGCCGACAGAUGAUGCGCGAUGGGCGUAUGCUGAGGAUCCCGAGAAUCAGCGUGCUCCUCCAGGCCGCGGCGUACCUCCACUGAUCCGCAAGUUCCACCAAAAGAACCCGCAGACGGGAGAAGAUGAGACUAUUCAGAUUUCCCAGCAGCGUGAGGACCGCUGGGUGAUGGAUGAGUACCUUGAAUGGUCUACAAAAAAGGUAGACGGAGAUAUUCAGGUAGUGAGCUUCACCUGUGAGGGUCCGGAGUAUUGGGAAGAGCUAGCUAAGCAUAACCCCAUUCUCACGGAAACCGCCAUCAAGAAACCCGCGCCACAAGAGUAUGAGAGAAACAACAAGAUCCUCAACAUUUACAAGAAGCUGAAUCCUGAUUUCGCAGAUCAGAUCAAAGGUGACGAUCUGGUCAAGGAAGAUGGAACCUAUGACAUCUUUAACAAAUGGAACGGUCACACCAACACUGGUACAAUUGCUCACCUGAUCCAAAUCAACAACAGCCUCAGUGCUGAGAUUGAUAUUGCUGCUCAAGCUACUGUUACUCGAACUGAUUUGGUGUAUGGAGAGCCCAUCACAAACAUGAUUACACUCUGUGGAGAUGGAUCUUCCUACGGUAACCCAGGAAGAAAUUCUGAUCCCACUAUUGGUGCAGCAGUCAACGAAGUCUGUCGUCUUGCCCACGAUAAAGUACUUCCAAUCCCAGCCACCAUUUCCGUCAAAGACCCCGUAGCUCUGUACAUCUACGACGCGGACUUCUCUUCUUUCCUUCUUGAUCGCACAGGCAAGCGACGAGGAAAUGUCCGAGAAAUGAGCCCUGUACCAGAUGGUGUCUUCGACUGGUGUGAUCGUGGUGAUAUUACCCAGAACAUGGGACUGCAUCUCCGAGUCUCGAUCCCCAAGGGCCUGAAAACAGAUGAUGGCAGCCGCGACCUCAAUGUCAGCGAUCUUUUUGAUCAAAACAACGGCGGCCGUUACGUUCACUACGGAAGUCAGUUUGCAGACUACAUCUUCAUGAGUGUCUCUGGUAUCGUAGGUCCCAAGCCAGCGAAGGCAUCCAAGCAGUGGCCUGGAAAACCUCAGCCUGCGAUUACGUACACUGAGCCGUAUGUGCAGAAGCCCAUUAUUGAGCCAAAGGUUCAGGGAGCGCCUCCAAGAAUUGCUAUUACAAGUAAGAUGAUGGCUUUGGAGAGUGGUGAGGUCAAUGCUGUCGUAACGACAUCUGAUCUCAAGGUAAUGGAGGUUAGAGGAGCGGCGAAGGAGGGACCACCAGACUACAUGGGUAUGCCGGAGCCUAGUCCUCCAAAUGGGCCGGACUUCCAAUCCAUCAAGCCAAAGAUCAUCUAUUAGAAACAUUUCAAGGCAUUUACCCCGUUGAGCUAGAUAUAUCGUCAUUGAUUCCUGUACUGAGUUCUCCAUAAAUGUUAGCAAAACCCACCAAAGGAACUCGUUAAAAACUGCAGAAAAGGCUUGCACAGCGUUGCCGCUUUUACAGAAAACUGAUUUUUUUAAUGACGCGGUG